AUUAUUGCAGUGGUCAUGGAUGUAUUUACAGACGGGGACAUCUUCCGCGAUAUUGUUGAUGCAGCACAUAAGCGCUGGAUCCCAGUCUAUAUAAUCCUAGAUGAGGAGGGUGUGAAGCUUUUCCUGGAAAUGUGCAGAUGCCUUGACCUCAGUGACUUGCAGAUCCGGAAUAUCCGCAUACGUUCUGUGACAGGAGUUGGGUUCUACAUGCCAGCAGGGAAGAUCAGAGGCACAUUGGCAUCCCGAUUCCUGAUGGUGGAUGGUGAAAAGGUGGCCACUGGAUCAUACAGCUUCACAUGGAGUUCAUCCCACAUUGACAGAAACAUCCUGCUAGUCUUGACAGGACAGCACGUAGAGAUGUUUGAUGUUGAGUUUCGUGAGCUCUAUGCCAUCUCAGAGGAAGUUAAUUUCUUCAAGGAACUGGGUAUUGCUAGCCCAGUCCUUCCUGGAAUUGGGAUGCCAGGCCUUCAUUCCUCCACUGUGGCUCGGAAGAUCAUUAACCCCAAGUAUGGUUUAGUGGCAGGGGCAGCCCGUGGUGAUAUGAUGCUCUGGGCUUCACGACACAGACAGGAUAAUCAGGGGAACAUGGAAAAGGAGGAAACAAGUGAGUCAAAGAAACGGUUAAAUCAGUUUCUGAAUGACUUAGUCACAUUGGAGCAAGAGUUCCCUGAAAUUGAUCCACCUCUAGAGAACUUGAACAAGCCGAAUCGGAGCCCUCAGAAACUGUUCUCUCGGCUCCAUGUGGACCUGAAAAAUAAAUCCAAAUCCAGAGAGUCUAUUCGUGACGUGAAGAAAGAAGAUGCACAGGCCAAUUCAAAGCAAGGAAAACGGUUUGCCAGUGGGCUUUUCAGUCGCAAGGCCAAACGGUCUCCAGGCUCAAGCAUUGAGGCUAAUUCUUUUGCCAGUGAAGGACAUUCAGGAGAAGACCUUGGGAACAUGAAACUGGAAUAUGAGCAGCUCAGCAUUGGCCAUGCCAGUGUUCGGAGCACUGGAGGCAUCUCAGGUAACCUGGGUCCAAACUCCACUACAAGCGAUAAAAACAAACAAUCUACCUGUGUGUUAUCUUGA